AUGAGUCGUCCAAUUGAACAAGAUCUGAAUAACCUCAUUCCUCGCCAUCCUGGCGCGCUGCCGCCAGAGCUCAUCGAACUUGCGCGCUCUUUGCUAGCCCAGUCCCGCAUAAAAGCAAGCACACUCAGUGCCCAAGAAGAGACUGGGAGGACAUAUGCUUGCGCAAAUAUUGCCUGUGAGAGACUAAAGACAACUCUCGACCUCCCACCAGUGGAACCACGCCCGCCAAUUCCACCUCGAGUAUAUACUAAACUAUACAAAUACUUCGAUCGUACGCUCGUCCCCAAUUCAAGACGCAAGUCUAGAAAUGACAAUGAUGAAAGAGAUUUGAACAAAACUCCAUCCGGUUCAAGAUUCAGAGACGCUUCUGCCAAUUCAACUCCGCGAUCCCUUCCGCAAAGGCAUACUCCAUCGAAAGCGAGUUCUCAUGAUACGCCGAGAAAGAACAGAACUUCUAAACCCGGGCUCAAAUAUGCUAGCAAUGCGGAUUUGGAUUCUAGCAUACCACGAUGGCUUGCGCCGGUCAUUCGAAAAAUGUGCACAGCGAUGGGGACUAAGGAAGUCAUUCCGCAUGUUAUGGCGGGCGUAGAAUCAAUGCUUCGUCUCCCGAAAGUAGUCUCUUUAGAGCCCGAUGAAUCUGUAUUACAACCCGGCCACAAAACACCUGCUCUGAUAGCUGCGACGUGGUUUUUUGUGCUGCAGAAAUUCCGUGACAAAAGCAUCACUGGUGCUGAAUUCCGAGAUCAGAGAACAAAGAUCUUGGACAUAUUCAAACAUAUAAAAGAGGAUGCCGGUAUUGCGGCAAAGAUUGGCGGUGACGAUGAUAAGUUCUGGGAAGGCUGGGAGGAUAUUCGGCCGUUAGACAUUCAGUCCUGGAUUGAAGUUGCUACUAAGCGCGAUUAUCUGGAAAUGGACUGGCUCACAAAUAUUGCAAACGAAGAUGAGGAUGAAAAUGGAGAAGGACUUAACGGUUAUUCGAACAUUGGGGUAUCCAAUAAUACGUCAGGUCUAGCUGAAAGGAUGCACAUAGGAAGAAGGAUGCAAGACGAAUAUGAUUACCUGAGCCCUGAGAAUAGAGCCGAAUAUCAGAGGUGGAAGGAUAGUAUCCUGGCUCAGAUAGGUGAUCCUGUUGACGAUGGGGUAAUAGAUAUGGACACUACAGAGGGUUAA